CUGUUGUCAAUAGUCAGAAUAUUUGUCAAAUGCUAUGGCCCGGUUCCGGCAUUUGAGUAAAUAAAAAUAAUAACUUAUUUACUUUACGUGAAACAUUUCUACCAACAAUAUAAAUCAACAUUAUUAAAUUCUCGUAAUAUUACUUUUCAACUGUUCUUACAAUUUGGAAACGAAAGAUAAUAGACACGAUUUUAUGACAGCUCUAAUUGAUAAUAGCAAAGUGCUGAUAAACAGUAAAGUUACUGCAUGUCUCAGUUGCACAAUGUAGUUUCCACCGGACGAUCUGUGUACACGCGUGGUAUAGAACAUAAUAGUGGGGAAAGUUGAAACGCAUCAACUUUACCGGCGUAAUUAAAGACUGACCAUCAUAUCCAGUCAGUUUGCAACCUACCAUGUUGCUGUGGUUUCAACACCGAUGGACGGGCCUUUACCUGCUGAUCAUGGGCCUUGGCGCCUUAAUUAUGUUCCUGUAUGGAUUUUUCCCGCUAAAAUACCAAUCAGGAAAACUGGCGCAUAUGGACGAUCUGCCUAACUUCAUAGAUGGAAUCAGCAUUGACGGCCAGCAAGUGUACAAUUCUGGAGAAAAUACCGUCAUAUUAAUGGUGAUAGAUGGUUUGAGAUAUGAUUUUGUGACAGAAGAACACAUGCCGUAUACAGGCCAGUUAUUAAAAAACAAAUCGGCAUGUAUCUACGUGUCUGUUGCUGAGCCUCCCACAGUCACCAUGCCACGGAUAAAGUCACCAGAGAGGAAAAAGGAGAAGGCACAGUGGAGACGCACAAUAAACUUCUGGCGGGAUAUAUUCGCCAUGAUGACAGGCAGCGUGUCAACGUUUGCCGACGUUGCAUUGAACUUCGGCGCACCCGCAGUCCGCGGCGACAGCGUGUUGCGCGUCGCCUCCGAUAGAGGGCGCCGUUCAGUGUUAUAUGGAGAUGAUACGUGGUUGAGGCUGUUCCCAGGACUAUGGGCCGAGCAUGACGGAACCACGUCAUUUUAUGUUACUGAUUAUACUGAGGUCGAUAAUAAUGUCACCAGACACUUAGACAAGAUUCUAACGCCUGAUGAAAAGAAAAAGCCCACGUUCGACUUCCUGGUCUUGCACUAUUUGGGUUUAGAUCACAUUGGACAUUUGGAAGGCGCGCGCAGCCCAAAGAUUAAACCUAAGUUACUUGAAAUGGAUGAAGUUGUUAAAAAGAUAUUUACUUCUAUGAAGUUGCGGGAUCGUACUGGCGUGUUGUUCGUGUGCGGCGACCACGGCAUGCGCGACGCGGGCGGCCACGGCGGCGCCACGCCCGCAGAGAUACUCGUGCCGCUCGUCCUCGCCAAGAGUGACGACUUCGAAUGUCCGCAUCCGGCAGGCCCGGGCCCGGUGGUGGAGCAGGUGGACCUCGCGCCCACGAUAUCGUGGCUGCUGAACGCGCCGCCGCCCGGCGACAACACGGGCCGCAUCCUGCCGGCGCUGCUGCCGAGCGACAUGCGGCAACAUCUGUACUUGUUGCACGUCAUCGCGGAAAAUAAUGCCAAGAGGAACGGGCUGCCGACCAACACUGAAUUUUACAACCAAUUUGUUCGCGCUGAGAAGCAGUUCGCGCAUUAUCUAGUCACGGGACAAAACAGUGCCGCAAAGAUAUCGAAAGAAUUUUACGAACAAUCAUUAGAGGAGAUGGCCAAAUACCUUGCAGAUACAACGGUUGAUUUCGACAUGUUCGCUAUUGCGGUAGCCAUAUUACUCAUAUAUUUUAUCACAACGGCUCUUCUCUGCCUGACGCUCUACUCUCUUCAACCAGAGUUCAGACACAAGAACAGCAUCUCAAGACACGACCUACAUCGCUCCAACGCCGGUGUCGUCCUAGCCUUUCUAUUCGUGCUAGCCAUGGUCUGCAGCAUCCUCGUCCUAGCUUGCUUCAUAUCAGAGACAAAAAGCCAAAUAUGUUCCUUCGAUUCAUACUGGAUAAUAGUAUUUUUAUCCAUAGCUUGCGCAUACACUGUAGCAUACUUUAUGAACAAGACCGGCUACGAAAGAAUUGAAAAUUUAUCAUCGCUUGCAUAUUUAAAUGUGACGGAUUACUUGCUGAUCGGUGGCACUGUAUUUCAUUCUUGGUCAUUCUUUGGUACAAGUUUUAUUGAAGAGGAACAUAUGACGUGGUAUUUCUUUUGGAACACGCUGAUGUUUUUUGUUCUUAUACGAACUAUUAUAGUGGUUGUGAUGUAUUUGAGUAUGAAGAUGAGUGGUGCGACGGAGGUCCAAGAGAAACCUGAACUCGAAGCGAAAAUGAGUACGGUCGGCAUCGAUAUUCUGCCGAAGUGGGUGCUGCUUAUUGCGUUGCACAGGUAUUUGAGAACAAUGAAUCAGACUGGCGAUCGCUGGUUAUUCCUCCCAGACACGGCUGAUUGGUUGAAUGCACCAGAAAACUCUUUUUAUCUACAACUUCACUUAAUUAUCGGUACAUUCGCAACAUUAGCUAUCUGCCUCUACAACCUGCGUCACAUGAACAACUUCCUGCACAUUCACACGGCAUUAACAAUAGCCGCAACAGCAGCUAUACUGUUCUACAGAAUCGCAACACAAGCAUUAAACUGGCCACUAGAAGACGUAAAAACUUGGAAUCCAGUCGACAUAGUAACUGUGUUCUGGGCUAUACUUAUCGUUCAGUUCAUAUUCGAAAUAUUAACAUACAUAGGUCUGUUCAAAAGCUGUGGACUCAAAACUACGAAUGCGUUAGAAAGUAACAAAUUCGUAUACAAUAAGCCGAAAGCGAAGACCGAAGAUUACUUUUACGAUUCGACGAUAGAGGAGCCGUGGAAUAUCGAUGAAGUGAAGUUAAAUUUGGCUCGAUCGGUGUCGCAUAUAAUGUUGAAUGACAUGAUGUUGAUUAUAAUAUUGUUGAUGAGACCGCAUAAUGUUAUCAUGGUGCCAAGCGUGUAUGUGACGUGCGCGUUGACGUCCAAAUGUAUGAACCACAAUUUGUUGGACUCGAAGCUCGACCGGCGAACUGAAGUUGUCGAUAUUUUGAGCCGCACUCUAGUUCACAUGUGGAUUGGGGUCGUGUUUUUCUUUUAUCAGGGCAACUCAAACAGCCUGGCGUCGGUGGACCUGGGGUCGGGGUACGUGGGGCUGAGCGAGUACUGCCCGCUGCGGGUGUCGCUGCGCAUGGGGCUGCACGCGUACGCGGGGCCGGCGCUCGCGGGCGCCGCGCUCUUCUGCACCACAGCCACCUCCGCGCACUACUUGGGAACAGUUCGUAUAGCACUUUCUUAUUACAACUCGAACAGCCUGGCGUCGGUGGACCUGGGGUCGGGGUACGUGGGGCUGAGCGAGUACUGCCCGCUGCGGGUGUCGCUGCGCAUGGGGCUGCACGCGUACGCGGGGCCGGCGCUCGCGGGCGCCGCGCUCUUCUGCACCACAGCCACCUCCGCGCACACUUGGGAACAGUACUUACAAACAAUAUGGCGCACGACGAACAUACUCGCUCUGCAUCGAGUCUACGCAGUUGUAGUAUACCUCUUCGUAGCGACAAUAUUUAGGCACCAUCUAUUCGUAUGGUCUGUAUUCUCGCCAAAAUUGCUAUACGAUUUCGUAGCGACGGUCUUCACAGUGCAAGCUUUGUCGACAAUCGCGCAGAUUGUCGGCUUGACGCACCUGACUAGUCGAAUUGCAAGGGUGUUCACUAGGAAAAUGCGAUAAGGUAUAUGCAUUUUGACACCGCCUAAAUUGGAUUACUAACUGGGAGUAAUCGAUGUACGUUGGGACAAUAUGAAAACAUUGAUAACUCGACCUUUUUAAAUUGGUGUAGCUAGAUAGCCGCUUUGUGAUACCAGUGUUCUAGAAACCCUCAAAAAUGAGCUUUUUGACGUGAAAUUCCGUUAUAAGUAUUAACGCUCGCGGCCAAAGAAAAUCUAAACACUUAAUACAAUAUGUUUUAAAACCUUGAAAAAAAAUCCUAUUCAAUUCCCAAACAUUGCGUCCUACAUUUUCCCCAUGGUGUUCAAUUCCCUAGUUUAAGAAAAAUUUCCCAGUCUACCAUUACAUCGACAAAUACAUGUUUUUCUUUACUUACUACCCACCUAAAAUACUGCGGUCGGCAAAUUUUAUGAGUAACCGCCAUCUUCAAUUAUAAUCAGUGCCAUUCGCUCUUUUCGAUCUAUAUCAAAAAUGGACCACUCAGAAAAAAGGUGUUUUUUACAUGAUUACAAAGGUAUUUUUAUUGGUUCAUUCUCAGAAUCGGAUUGAAGAUUGAGAUUGGGAUCGUUUAUUGGAAAUACCUGUAAUUCAAAAACAUUCACGGUCGAUAAUAUACAGCAUGUUCCAAAAAGUUUAUAGUUUAAGUAAAAUAGUUGUCAAUGUCUGUAUUCAAACAACGGUUAAAGUAAGUGCUAUCAAUAACAUAUAAAUACAAUUCUAAUUGUUGUCUGCUUGUAAUUUCAACAUAAUUCUGGUUUUUUAAAAAAAUAUAAAUAAUUCCAAAAUCCCUAUACCGAAAAACAAGUUUGUAAAAUUAUUGUCACUCUAAUCUAUCCAGCAAUCUCCGAAAACAGUGUAAUAAGGUACUUUUUGUACAUUUUUAUAUAUCAUUUCAUAUUUAGUACUCAAAUAUUUUUAGAAAAGACUUACAUGGCGCGACUGGAUUAUGAUUUCUAACCAAAUUUUAAAUGAAAACGCUAAAAAAGCUAGUAUAACUUUGGUCUUAAAAUAUUUAUUAAAUAUGUAGCAAGAAUAAUAACAAUAUAUUAGCAUAAUAAAUGAUUGAUUUCUGAGGUAACAAACAUUUAAAAAAUACAUGUCGAAUUGAGAACCCUCCCCAUUUUUGAAGUCGGUUAAAAACACGUUUGUUUUUAAGACUGCUCGCGAUUCCACCUCGGUAUAUGUCCUUUUCCGAGAUAAAAUUAAAUAAAAGUAGCUUAUACCACUUGGAAUAACAUAGUGUCUAAUAAGUGAAAUAAUUAAAACCAAACCAGUAACUUUAGUAAUUAGUAUGGGCAAAUAAAAAAGCAAAACAAAUGUUGUGAUAGAGUAGAUUCAAUAAGAGUGAGCAAAGAAAAAUAACAAAAAUAUCCAAUAAUACGGAUUGAUAAAUAUUUGAGCAAUUUGAGAUACUCGACGUUUUGAGCAAGUAAAAUUUUGAAGUACAACUUAUCAUAAAUUCCUACCACAGUACUCUGUAGACAUAUUACUCAUAUCUGUGGACAGUAUCUCCACCAGGCCAUUAUUGUGACGUAUCAAGGCAUUAUGAGAACACGAGUAUUUUCACGAAUAUUUUUCUACUAAUGCUAAAACUAGCUCCUGCCACAAUAUUUUUUAUUAUAUAAAUUCUAUAUGAGCAAGUGCAGGAUAAAUUACAGAACAAUAUAGCCGCCGAUCAGCUCAACUGGUUUGGCAAAUCAUUGCUCGAGGAACUGACUACAUUCCAUUUUGAUUUAUCACUUUCAAUGGUUUGAACAAAAAUUAUUGUAAUUAGCUCGUGAUAUAUAUUGUAUAAAAUAAAUUCUAUAUAUUUCUAAGUUUUGUACAGAUUAAUCUUUGAAUCGUUUAUCUCUUUUUAUAAUUAAUAUUUAUGACAAUAAACAGGACGUUUGUAACUUUUAAAAAGUAAAGUUGUAUUUUUUUUACUAUACCUAUUUAUGGCUAAUAAUUAUAUUCAUGAACAAAAACCAUUGUGUGGUAAAUUUCCUAUUUUUAUUGUAUUUGCGGUAACAUUUAAGGUUAAAUAUGUCUGCCAUGAUAAAAUUAAUAGAUGUAGCUUAUUAAAUCAUAGUUUUUAUAUAUUUAUUAUUAUUAGUAUCGUAAUACUGCAAUUUAAUUUUAAAUUAUGUUUUUACUUAAAAUAUUCAUGUGUGAAUGAGAUAUUUUAGAAAAGUAAUAAAUUUAUUUAGGUACAGUUAACAAAAUAAGUAGCUCACCAAAUAAAACAAAUUAAACUGCUUCGACUGAUUAAUUACAAUCAAUAUAUUUUUUUUCUUUAUAUAAAAUAAAGUAAACCCUGUGAAGUUUAUUUUAAUGAAGAAAAACAAUUAUUGAUAUGGACAAAUAAGUUUAAAGAAGAGUAAAAUUGUUGAAUUUGUUCAGCUACUUUUGUUGUACUGCUUUCCGACUGUAACCACAGUUUGAUAAUGGAAAAGUAAAAUGUAUACAAACAUCAACCCACUUUUUCAUUAUAUCUAUUGUGCUUGGUAUAAUAAAAUGACUUCAACGGAUUUAUUUGUCAACCAUAUUCUUUGUUACAUUUUAUUUUUCCGUUUGUGAAUAUGGUGUUAAAUAUUUAGAUUUUAUAUUGAAUAUGAAAUUUGUAGCAAAAAUAAAACAUAGUUUCAACAAAUCUGUUUAUUGAUGUAAGUAUAUUGUAACCGUACUUCUUACGUUGUGUUCUCUAGGGAUGGACAAUCCCCUUUACCAAACCAAUGUCUUAAAAUAAAACUAAUUUAACUUCUAACGUUAGAUACCAAAUGAGAAUACAAAAUUAAACCAAGGUUUAAAAUAAAUGGUUGUAAAAAAAUGUUACAAUUGGAA